GCGGCGAGUGGCGGGGCCUGGUGCGGAGCUCGCGGGGCGUGAAGAACAACGUCGCGCGGCCCCUCGCGCCGGCCGGGCUCGGGUCUUUGCAAGGCCACAAGCCCCGCCGGGGGUGCUCCGCUCGUCCACGCCGGCCUUGGGCCGCUGGGUGGCGGCGGCAUGAAGGUCACGUCGCUCGACGGGCGCCAGCUGCGCAAGAUGCUCCGGCCGGAGGCCGAGGCGCGCUGCGUGGUGCUCGACUGCCGGCCCUACCUGGACUUCGCCGCGUCGAGCGUGCGCGGCUCGCUCAACGUCAACCUCAACUCGGUGGUGCUGCGGCGGGCCCGGGGCGGCGCGGUGUCGGCGCGCUACGUGUUGCCCGACGAGGCGGCGCGCGCUCGGCUGCUGCAGGAGGGCGGCGGCGGCGUGGCGGCGGUGGUCGUGCUGGACCAGGGCAGCCGCCACUGGCAGAAGCUGCGGAAGGAGAGCGCCGCGCGCGUCGUGCUCACCUCGCUGCUGGCCUGCCUGCCCGCCGGCCCGCGGGUCUACUUCCUUAAAGGGGGGUACGAGACCUUCUCCUCACAAUAUCCCGAGUGCUGUGUGGAUGUGAAGCCCGUUUCCCAGGAGAAGACUGAGAGUGAGAGGGGCCUCCUCAGCCAGUGUGGAAAGCCCAUCCUCAGUGUCACCCUCAGGCCAGCUUAUGACCAGGGUGGCCCAGUUGAAAUUCUUCCCUUCCUCUACCUUGGAAGUGCCUACCAUGCAUCCAAGUGCGAGUUCCUCGCCAACCUGCACAUCACCGCCCUGCUGAAUGUUUCCCGCCGGACCUCCGAGGCCUGCACCACCCACCUGCACUACAAAUGGAUCCCUGUGGAGGACAGCCACACAGCUGACAUCAGCUCCCACUUCCAAGAAGCAAUAGAUUUUAUUGACUGUGUCAGGGAAGAAGGAGGAAAGGUCCUCGUCCACUGUGAGGCUGGGGUCUCCCGGUCGCCCACCAUCUGCAUGGCGUACCUCAUGAAGACCAAGCAGUUUCGCCUGAAGGAGGCCUUCGACUACGUCAAGCAGAGGAGGAGCGUGAUCUCUCCCAACUUUGGCUUCAUGGGACAGCUUCUUCAGUAUGAGUCAGAGACCCUGCCUUCCACCCCCACCCCCCAGCCUCCCUCCUGCCAAGGGGAGGCAGCCAGCUCUUCGUUUAUAGACCAUUUACAGACACUGAGCCCUGACAUGCAGGGUGCCUACUGCACAUUUCCUACCUCAGUGCUGGCACCGGUGCCCACCCACUCCACAGUCGCGGAGCUCCACAGGAGCCCUGUGGCCACGGCCACGUCCUGCUGAGACUGGGAUUGGCUGCCAGUGAAUCCCCAAGAACAACUGUGAUUUUUGUUUUUUUAAACUUGUGGACAUUUCAUACAUGUGCAAUACUGCAGACCUCUCUGUCCGCUGCCCCACUGAGACAGUGGUGGUCACCAGGCUUGCAGGUGCACUUCGGACCGAUCCCGAGCAUAGCUUCUCGGGACUGUAGGAAGGCCAAGCCAUGCCUCCAGCGGGGCGCUUGCUGACCGCUGCGCUCCCAGAGCCCCUGCCCACUCAGGACCUCCCAGUCCGUGCAUCUCAGAAGUUCGCCUUUUCAUUUCAAGCGCAAGGCAAUAAAUCCCCACAGCCCAGUGGGAGCGAGACACCGCUGGACCAGGAGAGAAGGCAGUGACGAGGCCCAUUCAUUUUGAAGGAAGCACAAUUUUCACUCUGUUUUUUGAACUUUGGCAAACUUUUUGUCUGUGUCUGUCACUUCAGGGAAUAACGCGGGUCACCACCCAGUCACAAAAGUUAACCCUGCUAGAUUUGUCAAGACAGAAGUACCUGCUGGUCUGAACCCAGAAGUGUUGAGAUUCUGUCUUGGGUUCCAUGAAAGCUGUUGUCUGAAGAAGAUGCUGGAAAGUCAGGGUUUCUUUCUCACCAAGGGUUCUGUGACCAUGGACUCCGGCAUAGUUUCUGUGCAUACUUGAACCUGUUCCGUUGAAUCUCUCUUUAAAGCCACUCUGCUGUCAGACCCUAGACCAAAAAAUCACCCCUUUGAGGAGGUGGCAGUAAGUGCCUGGAGAAAGGGGGCACGCGCUGUGUUCUGGGGCAGUGACAGGACUUGUUCAGUUUAGCGUCCUUUGUGUACUGAGUCGUUGUCCGUCGUGACUUUGUUUCCCUCCCUGCUCCUGGGGGGUUGUCUUCAAGCUACUGAUCCUGGGGUUUGUAUUUUUUGCAAUGUGGUACUACUUCUGUUCUUUGAUAGGUUAUUUCUCUGGGGGAAAGGCAAUAAGUCCCCAAAAAUCCAUGUGAAUGUGAAGAAAAGCAGUAUGUUGCUGGUUGUUGUUUUUUACGUAGUGCAAAAUAAAAAUAACUUAAAAGUG